ACUGAACAUGAUACUGAAACGGGCUUGCGCGACCUGGUCAACAUUCUUGCGAAGUGAAGUCCAGCCACUGUGCACCACAGAGACUAGAAGCCAUAACUAGCACAAGAACUCUAAAUAGAUGUCUCGCCACGCAAAGGCUGGCGCAGGCGCUAGCGCGGGCGCGGGAAGCAGUUCGGAAGAAGGGCUCGCAGCUGUAGAGGCGAAGCUUGCACAAUUCCGACAACUUUACAGCAACUAUAGAAAGGAUGAGAGCUCGCAGCUGCGCUCGCUGCUGGCGUCGCAGGUUGGCGCCUCUCCAGCUGCUGCCGGUGCUGCUGCCAGUGGCCGCGCCCCUCAGGCGGACGCAGUGCCAGCCAAGAGCGCGCUGAAGGGUUCCAAGGCCCAACGCUCAUCUUCCGGGGCGAAACAGCGGCCCCAGUCCCCGGCUGCCAAAGCCGCCGCAGCCCACGUCCGGGCAGCCACGGGCUCACCUAGCCAGAAGUCCCAACCCAUUCCCAGCGGCCAUGGUCUAGAGGUUGGCCCCGACCAGCUGGCCACUGUACGGACUCUGCUGACGGAGCUUGACGUCAAGGACCUAACGCUCUCCAACCUUCAAAGUCAGCUCGGCAAUCUCCAGGCGCAGCUGCACCUGCAGGAGGCACGCGAGGACGAGGCACGCGCGGACUACCAGCGCCAGAUUAACCAGCUGCAAGAGAAGCUGGGCUCCACAUCGGAGAAGCUGCACCGCCUGGAGACGGAGCGCUGGGAGGUGCUGGAGGCGGUGUCCACGGUGGCGGCUGGCUCCUCGGCAAUGGAUCGGGAGCAGCGCGAGCUGGAGCGGACCCGGCUGGCGCUGGUGGACAAGGAGCGUGAGGUGGCGGCGCGGGAGGCGGUGGCCACAGCCAACAUCCAGGCGUCCAUUGCCCCCGAGAGGCUGGCACUGGAGGAUCUGUCUCUGCUAGCCACCCAUUAUGCGGAGCUCAACGGGGCGCUGGACCGCGCUGACGCCGCCGUGCGCCGCCGUGUCCUGCUGCUGGCGGGACACAACCCGCUGGCGGACGGCGAGGAGGGCAGGCUGGACGGCAGCUCGGCGCUGGUGGUGGCGGGCAAGCGGCUGGCGGCGGCGGUGGACAUGUCGCACGAGCCGUGCCUGGGCUACCUGCAGGUUGUGCGCGAGGGCCUGAUCGCUGCCAACAGCUACGUGGGCGCACACGCGGGCGCACAGCGGCACAGCAGCGCAGUGCUGGCGGCGCCCAUCGUGAGGCACCUGCAGCAGCAAGCGGCGGGACUGUCGCGGGCGCUGGUAUUGCUGGCUAGUGAGGUGGAGGCGGACGCCGCGAGACUGGCGCUGGUUGAGGCUCAAGGCCGUGAACGCGAUGGGCAGCUGGCGGACGCCCUGGCGGACGUGCGGCGCCUCACAGCGGAGGCGGCUCUGGCCGCGCAGGCUGCGGGCCUGGCACAGCAGCUCCGCGAGCAGCGCCAGGAAAAUGAGGCCCUGCAGUCACGCCUGCGUUCCAUGCGCAAGAAGCUCAAGGUGGCCUUUGAGGAGGUGACGGCACAGAACCGCGAGCUGCGGGAGAAGCUGGCUGCGGCACAGGCGGCUCGCGAGGACGACGGCAGCCGCAUGAGCGGGCAGGUACAGCGGCUGCAGGACGACUUCACGGCUGCACGCAAGCAGCUGCAGGUGCACCAGAAGCGCGAGGCCAAGCUGGUCGCCGAGCUGGCGGAGGCUCGACAGCUGGUUGCUGCUGCUUUGGAGCGGGGCGAGGGCCUGCAGCGUGAACUGGAGGCCGCACUGGACCGGGCGGAGCGAGCUGAGGCGCGCGUGGCGGACCUGGAAGCGGAGUCGCGCGGCCAGCGCGCCCUGGCACUACGGGCGGCCAAGGAGCACGAGGCACAGCUGGUGGAGCUGCGGGCGGAGGUGCAGGAGCAGCUGGAGACGGUGGUGCAGUCCUACAGCGAGGAGCUCAGCGCCCUGCAGCAGCAGCUGGAGCGAGUGGAGGCACAGCAGGCCGCCACCGCCGCCGGCCUUCGUGGCCCGGGCGCCGCUGCCGCCGGCAACGCGUCCGGUGCCGCUGCGUCGACGGGGGCUGCGAGUGCAGGGCGCGCUGAGGCAUGGCGCAUGGCUUACGAGGAGGUGCGCGAGGUUGCACACACGCUGAAGGACCAGCUGGAUGCUGCGGAGGCGGAGAACAGCCGCCUGCAGGCUCAUUUGCAGCGCCUGACCACCGUUGCUGUGUCCACAGCCGCCGCCACUGUGCGCAUUACGCCUCGCAAGGACGUCGCGGCCGUGGGGACACCCCCAGCUGCAGCGGCGCCUGCACUACCCGCGCCGCCUGCUGCCGCCAACCCGCCGCCCAGUCAGCAGGACGCUGGUACCGGGGCACUAGUGGCGGUUGCACCGCCGGCAGUUGAGCAGGAGCUAGGGAGGUCCGUUCUGAUGCAGUCGGCGCAGGCGACCGAGGCUGUGACAGCACCUGGCACCUCCCGCACGGCAUCUCGGACCAGCUCCGCCGCUGCGUCGCAUCCCACGGCUCAGGCUGCAGCGAUUGCUGCUGCUGCCGCGGUGGUGUCACGGCGGGCAGACGCUAUCUCGGAGACGGAGCGGCUGUUGACGCGUCAGAAGAGUGCCCAGACCGACGCUCCUCCGCAGGAGCCGCGUGCGCUGAUGCCGCCCGCAUCCCCACCAAUGGUGGUUGCACCACAGCCCAUACCCACCAGCCAGCUUGUCAUUGUCGUCAGGCAGGAGCCCGCACCGCGCUCGUCCCACCACCAUCACCACCACCGCUCUUCCCGCGGCCGCAGUCACUCUCGUAGCCCGUCGCGGGCCAGCAGCGGCGGCACCUCCGCCUCCUCGCCCCCUCAUCGGCACCGCUCCCGUGGCCGUACCGCUACCGCCACUGCUGCGACUGCCACUAUGGACACGCCCAGUCGCAGCGUGGGUGUGGGCGACGCCAACGUGCGCGCGCCGCAGACAGAAGACGUGGCUGUGGAGGCCGCCAUUCGCUCGGGUGCGGGCAGCGUCAGCACGCCGCCGGACCUGCGCUCCGGCGGCAGCGCCAACAGGCGUGGCCAGCACCCUCAAUCCGAGCCGAGCUACGACGAGGGCGAGGAAGGCGAGGAGGGCGAGGAGGCUGAUGAGUACGAAGAGGAUGGACUGGAGGACGAGGAGGGAGGAGGCAUGGUGACGGACGUGGACCUGGACAAGAAAGGGCUUGCGCUGCACGUGGCGGCGCUGCAGGAGCAGCUGGCGGCGCUGACACACCAGAACUCCAUCAUCACCUCGCAGGUAAUUGAGAUGCGACAGGACCAGGAGCGCUGGAGCUCACGCCGCUCCUCCCCCGCGCGCACGGGCGGCUACGGCUCCGUGACAGGCCCGUACGGCACCCCGUCCUAUGCGCGUGACACGGCGCAGCCGGACCUUGAGACGCAUGGCGGCCAGGAGGUCGAACAGCGACAGCACGCGCCGUCGCAGCGCCCACAGCCGCAGGCGGCGUCCGGUCGGUCCUCGCUGCCGCGGAUGGCGUCUCCGGCUUCGGCCGCGGCGCAGAGCCAGGCCGGGCCCACCCCGCUGUCUGCCCAGCAGCAGCAACAGGGCGUUGACCCUCAGGCCUCGACCCCCGACGGCCCGGCACAGAGUGCCGCCUCCGCGCACUCCGCGCCGCUGCCACGGCCGCCCGCCCCAGCGCCGGCCCAACAGCAGCAGCGGCGCCAGGCACCGCCCCCGCGCCAGCAGCGCCAGCACCCGGAGGAGGACUGGCACGAGGCGGAGGCGAUGUACGGGGAGGAAGACCUGGAGCUGGAGGAAGAUGACGAGCGCGAGGAGGAGAUGCGCGCGGUUGAGCAGCUGCCUGACCCGAGCCAUGGCUCCACCUCUUUGGGGCCGGCUGGCUCGGGCAGCGCAGGGGCUGGCGCGGUGGCCACCAGCACCUCCGCGGCGGCGGCGCAGGCGCGGUCGGAGCUGGCAGCACUGCGGGCGCAGUACGCGGAGCUGCAGUCACGGUACCAGCGCCAGUCAGUGCGGCAGCAGGAGCUGCAGGACGCCUUGUUGAACGUCGCUUCGGGUAAGCACCAAGCGGCGGGGUCGCGCACCAGCAGUGGGCUACUGACGAUGGUGCCUGCGGCACACCCUGGCGCUGCCGCCGCGGCCGGUGGCGCAGCCGUCCAGGUGCGGAGCCAGGCGGGGCAGGGGCAUGCGCCUGCGGCAGCACGGGCUGCAGCUAUUGUGGGGGUGACAGGAGGCCAUACGAGCAGCCGUGUGCUGCAGUCUGACGCCCGGGACCAGCAGCAGAAGCAGGAGCAGCAUACAUUAAAUGGAACACUGGAACACAAUCUGCGGCCAACGCCGAGUCUGAACAUGCCGCCGCAAUCGGCCAAAUCACAACUAACAAGCGCAUUGAAGAGCCAGCAGCCACGCUUGGUUGAGCAGUCCCAGCAGCAGCACCUAGGCCACCACCGUGUGCCACAGCAACAGCCGCCAGCAGAACCGCGUGACGGCCUGCCUAUACGAGAGGCUUCGCGCGCCGCCAUGGCCAGCGGCAGCAGCCACCCAAGCCGCAGUCACAGCCCUACCCCCAGCCACAGUUACGUUACAUACGGCUCUGGCAGCGCCUGCGGCAGCUGGGGCCUACCACCUCUGGACCCGGUAUCACUGCCUGCUGACCACCCACUGCAGGCAACCACUCAGGACCGCACCCGCCGCAUGUCCUGGAAGGACGCUGCAGACAUGAUGGUGGACGGCAGCGGCAAGCGCGGCUGGCAGGAGGAGGCGAGCGAGGAGCGUGAGGAGAUGGAGCAGCCCCGGCACCAAUCAGCAGCGUGGCAGGAGGAGGCGUGGGAGCGGGAUUUUGAGCUGGAGCAGGAGCAGGAGCUUGCUGCGGCUGGGCACCUGGAACACCAGGAGCAGGAGAGCGGCUCUGUGGAGGACGGGCCCUCGGGCGGGGAUGCUGGAGUUGACGGAGACGAGGAGCAGGAGGGAGAGGGCGGCCACCUCCACCAGCCGCGGCAUGCGUCGCCACGGCGGCCGCGGAAGUACCUCCGCGCGCGGCAUCACCACCACAUCCACCAACACGCCCUCACCAGUCAGCGGCCUCAGCACCACCACCACCUUCACAGCCACCAGCAAGAAAGCGCGCCGGCUGCAGUGGCAGCGCCGCAGCAACAGCAGCGGCCCGCAGCAGGGCUGCCGCUUGCGCCCGCGCGACCACAGCAGGCGGCACCUGCUGGAACGUCACAGCCUCGUGACCAGCCUCCGGCACAGCCUUCGCCGCAGCUGCCGCUGCAGCUGCCCCCGCAGCAGUUGUGGCCAUUCACUGGCAGUCGUGUGAGCUCCUCUGAUUCCGCAGGCGUCGGGCUGCACGCCACGCGGCCGACCACCUCCUCGCGUGCCUCUGCAGCACCUGCAGCGCGGCAAGCUCUGCAGCACCAGCAGCAGCGGCCCUUGCAGCCUGAGCCAGCAUCGCGCCAGCCGCACUACUACGGCCGUGUCGGCGGCGCUGCUGCUGCGCCGGAGGCAGCACAGCAUCCCCCUGAGCCUCGCCCGCUGCAGCCUGCCACCUUGACCCAGCAUACCCAGCAGUCGCGGCGCCAGCCCCUGACAAUGCAACCCGCAGCGGCGCUGCCGCCGCAGCCUCUGAGCCCCACGACCUCCUUGUCCCAGCAGUCGCUGCUGCCGCAGCGCAGCGGAGACCUGUACAUCAACACCACGCCCUUCUUCCCCUUGGGCCCGGAGACCUCGGACUUCCUGGAUCGCGCAGCCUCCAUUGAGGUCGGCAUCCGCCACGACCCGGAUCUCGCCACCACCGCUGCUGACGUGGAUGGGGCCCACGGGGAAGUGUACGAAGGAGGCGAAGAGUCUGGGCCGGGUUCACCGCCGGUCUCCUCAGGGCCCGGGCACCCGGACCGCCAUCACCACCAACAAUAUCAUCAUCACCACCAGACCCACCACCGCACGCCGUCAUAUGACGAUGACGAAGACGAGGAGGAGUAUGAUGACGUGGACGUGGGUGGUAUGGGCGGCGGCACUGGAUCCGGAAUGGAACCAGAUGAUGGCGAUGACAACGGGAUCCACGACGACCUGGAUCUCGAGGAUCCGGGCCGCGCCACAAUGGGAUCCGCGUCCACCUACACCUUUGAGGAUUACGAUCCGGAGGAGCUGGCGGGCGAGGAGGACGAGGCGGAGGACGAUCCAGUUGGAUCCAACGCGGGUCACAGCCGUGCCGUGUCGUCCUCCUCCAGCACUGGCACGGGGGCGGGGAACACGGGCAGCGGGGAAGACGCAGCCGCGCCAGGCGCAGGCGCACCGGCUGCGGCUGCGGCGGGUCUUUCCGGGCUGCGAUCGCCAAAGCACACUACCGCUAGCUUCCGGCCCGUACCGCAGCGUGGGGAGGCCGGCGGUUCCAGCGGGACGCAUGCGCAUGACCGGGCGGCGGGGGCCUCUGGGGCUGCAUAUCCAGAAAAUGGAUCCUUCUCGGCUGCAGCUGCAGCACCCGCUGGCCCUGCUACUGCCGCACAGCCGCCCGCUGCAGCUGGCGGUCUCAGUGGCGUCCAGCCACAACGUGUCGGCGGCAGAGCGGCCGCCGGCUCUGCCAACACGGCAGCAGCGGCUGCGGCUGCCGCCACACCUGACGGACCGCCGGUCCCUCCGGACGUCUUGGCCCGCAUGGCCGAGCACGCAGGCGAUGAGGGCCUGGCUCGGCCCAGCACGGCUGUGCCCUCGGCGCUGCGCCACUCCGAGCCGGGCGUGGGGCCGCCCGUUCCGCCCGAGGUGUUGUCCUACAUGCAGCAGUACACGGGCGGCGGCGAGGGAGACGGGCGGCCACCCACGGCGUCGCCGUCGGUGCUGCGCGCGGGCGCGGGCAGCCGGGAGGUGCCGGUGCCGCCCGAGGUGCUGUCAUACAUGCAGCAGUACACGGGUGACGAGGGCCAUGCACGCCCCAGCACCGCCGCGCCCUCGGUCCUGGCCGCCAACCGCUCCAUGCCCGAGCUGCCCGUGCCAGAGCCCGUGCUGCACACAGCCAUGCUGUUCCAGACAGGAGGCGAGGGCAUCUCGCGACCCACCACGGCGCCAUCCUCGGACGAGCGUCGCACGCGGCUCACGGCGGCGGCCUCUGCCCCGCAGUUGGCGCCGCUACCAGCGGCUCUGGGGCCAAAUGCCGCCAGCUCGUCGCCUGACCGUAGUCCUGCACACGGUGCCAUCGCUGCUGCCGCUGCUGCAACUUCGGGCGGUGGCAGCAGUGGUGGAGCAGGCAGAAUCAGCCCCUCCAGUGGAGUCGUGCAGUCCGCCUCUUCGCCACGUCUACCGCUCCCGGCGGCACCGCUGCGCCCGCCGCUGCAAGCCCCGCCCACGCUGGCCUUUCAGCCCCAGUACCUGCAGCCACAGCCGCACCUGAACCUGCAGCCGCCGCAGCCACAUCUGCAGCCGGUAGACCUGCAGCCGCCUUCAGAGGCAGCCGGGCCCGUCGUCCGCCACUUCCGGCACUCCUCCGGUUCUGUGGGGCAGGGCGAGCUGCUGUAUGAGGGCGAGGGCCUCAUCCGCCAAGACACGGGCAGCUCUGGCCGUGGCGCCGCUACGAUGGCGCCGGCGUCGGUUUCCGCAUCGGUACAUGUUAGCAGCAGUGAAGCCGGGCUAGGCGGUGCUGCAGCGGCAGCGGACCCUGACAGCGACGGCGAGCAGUGGCCGGCGGACGGGCCCGGCUCGUCCGCCGCCGCGUCGGAUGACGACCAGGGGUGUGGAUAUAGCCACGUGCCGCCGUCGGGCUAUGAACGUCGGCAAGCAGUGGCAGCUGACGCGGCAGCAGACACAGAAGCGGACUGGCGCAGGGACGCUGCGCUGGGGCAUCACGAUGAGGGCCACGAAGACGAAGGCAUUUUCCUGGACGACGGGCAUGACGGGCCCGAGGAGGCGGCGAGGCAAGAGCGGGAUCUGGAUGGCGAGCACGUGCACGUAGACUACGAGGCGGAGGAGGGCGGCUAUGAGGCGGAGGGGCCGGCGGCUGAGCCGCACCUGCUGCACGACCCUCAGGACAUGCACGACCAGCAAUUCUGGCAGCAGCUGCUGGAAGAGGCGGGCUUUGGCGAGGAGAGCAACCGGGCACACCUGGGUGCUGAGGAGCAGGGGGAGGAGCAGGAGGGGCAGGGGGACGAGGAGGGGCUUGCUGGUGGUGGUAGCAUGGAGGUAUGUGAAGAGGAGGAAGUGGACGAUGACGGGGGAAUAGCGGAGCUGGGGGUGAGAGGCAUGGGUAGCCAGGACGAGGAGGAGGACGGGGAAGACGAGACUGGCAGUAGCAGCAUGGGCGUCUCACACGCCAUGCCCUCCUUCAGCAGCGCCGCCACCUUCAGCGACCUGCCGCUACAGCCACAGCUGCCGCUGCCCAGCACGGCGGCUGUAGCGGCGCUGCAGCCGCGGCUGCAGCAGCCGGCACAGCAGCACCUGUUGCUGCAGCCACAGCUGCUGCACAUGGAGGAGGGCGAUGAUGAGGACGGUGGUGUGGAUGACGAGUCGGGCGCUUUCCGGGUGGUGGUGGGCAGCUGGCUUAGCAGGCCUGCCACGUCAGCAGCUGCCGCGCCACCGCUGCCGGCACCAGCGACCGCUGGCUGGCAGCGAGGGUCUGCUGGGCCGUCCCCGCUGGGCCCUGCGGCUGCAGGCAGCGGCAGCGGUGCACAACAGCAUGCGCGGCCGAAUGCUGCAGCGGCGAGCACUGGGGCCCGGGGCAGGAGCCGGCAGGCGGCUGCCGCCGGCCUGGCGGGCGUUGCACAGCAGCCGGCCGCGGCGGAGCAGCAGGUGCCGGCCAGGCGGCGAUCACUCGGGCAGGAGCUGGCGCUGGAAGCGCCGUACGACCCCGGGGCGGUGGACCCAGAUCCGCAGUCGGCGGUGUGGCUGCUGGGGGCGGGGCUGGGUGUGCCGCAUGGGGAGGAGGGCAGCGACUGGGAGCGCAGCAGCGCGGCGUCUUGGGCGUAGGUGCAGUGGGAUGGCGCACCGUGGUUGCAGCCGGCUGGCUGGAAGCUCCAGGGAGCCUCCUGUCGGUAUCACCCCUUUGCCUGAGACCGUGGAGGACAUGCCGUGAAGGAAAUACCAUGACACCUGCGGCCUCACGAUGGGCAUACGACGAUGUAUUUAGAGCACGCGCGGCUGGGUUGGAAGUCCUGGACGGAACGGGGCGUUGGAGGCGAGGCGGCGGCAUGGCAGCUGGCGCCCUUUGACGCAUUGUGUACGUGCGGGCGUAUCCAUCUUGAUGGCCAGCCUGAUUUUUAGCCCAGAUGAUAUGAUUAUAGGCUUGGGCGGCGCAGCUGCCGCAGCAGUAGGUGCGAAACAAGUGCUAGCCAAGCAGAAGGGGAACGAGGCGGUGAGCGGAAUACGCAACGGCCGGCAACCAAGGAGAGGAGGAGGACGCGAGGGAGGCCCCGUGGGGAGGCGCAGGCCCGGAGCGUCAGCGGCUGCGGAGCCGGCACGGAAGGCGGCAGCCAAGCGGGAGGCGAUGAAGAAGGAGAAGCAGUCGGACGUGGGGUAAGACAGUGAGUUAUUGUAUGGGUGGAAUGGGCAGGUGCCUUCGAAAUGGCGAUUCUGGCAACGGGGUGUGCUGGCGAUCCAGUCAGGGGCGGGGGAUCGAAAGUGCCAUAC